GUGUGUUGUGUGUCGACGUUAACAUACGUUUUAUAUUUUUACAACAAACAAAAAAAUAAAUAUAAACAAUUACAAAAACAAGAUUAAAGCCAGUAAUCAAUGCAGAAAAUUUGUUGACAAUCAUGGAUCGUCAAAAUAAAGAUUCCAACUCAAAAUAUUCUAAAAAAAGAGUCAUUAAUGAUGAAGAUGAUGACACAAAUAAUUCAGAUUUAGAUGAUAGUUAUGUUCCAUAUAUACCAGUUAAAAUACGUAAACAAGAAAAAUUAAUGAAACUUGGAAGAAUAAGUCAAUUGAAAUUUAAUAAUCCAUCAACAGUCAACAAGAGUGGUAGUGAAAAUGAAAAAGAUAGUGAUGAUAUUAAUGAUAAUGAUGAUGAACAAAUAUGGGGUAGAAAAUCAAAUAUAUCAUUAUUAGAUCAACAUACUGAAUUAAAAAAAUUACAUGAAGCUAAAAAAGAAAGUGCAUUUGAACGUCAAUUAAAAGAAGAAGAAAAAAUAUUAGAAAGUGUUACAGAAAAUAAAGCAUUAAUGGGUGUUGCUGAAUUAGCUAAAGGUAUACAAUAUACUGAACCAAUAAAAACAAGUUGGCGUGUACCAAAAAUAGUAUUAUCAAAAGGUAAAGAUUAUAUUGAUAAAUUACAUCAUAAAUUAGGUAUAUUAAUUGAAGGUGAUGAUGUACCACCACCAAUAAAAACAUUUAAAUUAAUGAGAUUUCAUCGUGGUAUAUUACGUGGUUUAGAAAAAAAAGGUAUUAAAAAACCAACACCAAUACAAAUACAAGGUAUACCAACAGUAUUAUCAGGACGUGAUAUGAUUGGUAUUGCAUUUACUGGUAGUGGUAAAACACUUGUAUUUAUAUUACCACUUAUAAUGUUUUGUCUUGAACAAGAAUUAGCAAUGCCAUUUAUACAAAAUGAAGGACCAUAUGGUUUAAUUAUUUGUCCAUCACGUGAAUUAGCUAAACAAAUAUAUGAUAUUAUUUUACAUUAUACAAAUUCAUUAAGAAAAGAUAAUUGUCCAGAAAUACGUUGUUGUCUUGCUAUUGGUGGUAUACCAAAAUCAGAAUCACGUGAUGUUAUUAGACGUGGUGUACAUAUUAUGGUUGCAACACCUGGUAGAUUAAUUGAUAUGUUAAAUACUAAAAUUGUUAAUUUAAGUGUUUGUCGUUAUUUAUGUAUGGAUGAAGCUGAUCGUAUGAUUGACAUGGGUUUUACUGAUGAUGUUAGAACAAUAUUAUCAUUUUUUGAAGGACAAAGACAAACAUUAUUAUUUUCAGCUACAAUGCCAGCUAAAAUACAAAAUUUUGCACAAACAGCAUUAGUUAGACCAGUUACAAUUAAUGUUGGACGUGCUGGUGCAGCAUCAAUGAAUAUUAUACAAGAAGUUGAAUAUGUACAACAAGAAGCUAAAAUUGUUUAUUUAUUAGAUUGUUUAAAAAAAACACCACCACCAGUAUUAAUAUUUUCAGAAAAAAAAAAAGAUGUUGAUGCAAUACAUGAAUAUUUAUUAUUAAAAGGUGUUGAAGCUGUUGCAAUACAUGGAAGUAAAGAUCAAGAAGAAAGAACAAAUGCUGUUGGUGCAUUUCGUGCUGGUAAAAAAGAUGUACUUGUUGCAACAGAUGUUGCAUCAAAAGGUUUAGAUUUUGCUGAAGUACAACAUGUUAUUAAUUAUGAUAUGCCAGAAGAUAUUGAAAAUUAUGUUCAUAGAAUUGGUAGAACUGGUAGAUCAGGUAAAACUGGUGUUGCAACAACAUUUAUUAAUAAAUCAAAUGAUGAAUCAAUUUUACUUGAUCUUAAACAUUUGCUUAUUGAAUCAAAACAAGUUGUACCACCAUUUUUAUUGGAAUUAUAUCCAGAAGAAAAAUACUUGAAUUCUAAGGGUUGUAGUUAUUGUGGUGGUCUUGGUCAUAGAAUUACAAAUUGUCCAAAAUUAGAAACUGAUAAAAAUAAGGAAGCUUCAAGUAUAAGUCGACGUGAUUAUCUUGCUAAUAAUGCUGAUGAUUAUUAA